UGUGUGUUUAAUUCGAAACUUUUUUUUUCUUUUUAUAAUUGAGUCGUUGAUUCUUUUCUCUAUUAUUUUCUACGGUAUAAUCCCCAAUGCGUCCAUAGCUUCGUACUCGGGGGGACCGUGGCCAUGGCGGAGGAGCGGAGGGCGCGAAAGCCCACCUUCUCCGGCGGCGGCAGCAGCGGCGGCGGCGGCGGCGGAUGGAUGCGGAGGCGGCGGCGGCUGCGACGGUGGACGGUGCGGAUGGCGACGAGCGCCCUGCUGUGGACGGCGGUGAUGCAGCUCGCCACGAUGGCGGGGCUCCGGCACCCGCGGAUCGGAGACGCGUGGCCCUCCGCCGCCGCAUGCUUCGGCCGACGCGGCGGCGCCGCCACCGCGACCCCCGCCGCCGGUAACCUCGCCGUCCUCGGCGACGACGAGGGCGCGCUCCGUGGGGCCCACUCUUCCCCUCCCGCGCUCCUCCCGAAGAGAGUUUAUAAAAGCAAUGGCUAUCUUAAAGUUUCAUGUAAUGGAGGCCUGAACCAAAUGCGAGCAGCGAUUUGUGAUAUGGUUACUAUUGCGAGAUACCUAAAUUUGACCUUAGUGAUUCCUGAACUUGAUAAAACAUCUUUUUGGGCUGAUCCAAGCGAUUUUGAGGAUAUAUUUGACGUAAAUCACUUCAUUAAUUCCUUGAGAGAUGAGGUAAAGAUUGUCAAAAGGAUUCCUGAUAAAUUUAGUAGGAAAUUACAAUGGCAACCAUUCUCAAUUGCUCCAGUAAGCUGGUCUAAUGAGAAAUAUUACUUAAAAAAGAUCAUGCCUCUUGUGAAGAAGCACAAAGUACUCCACUUUAAUAAGACAGAUGCUCGUCUUGCGAACAAUGGGCUCCCAAGUAAGCUCCAAAUGCUUCGCUGUCGUGUUAACUAUGAGGCAAUAAGAUUUACUCCACAUAUUGAAGCUUUAGGCAGUAAGCUUAUCUCAAUUCUUCGAAAAAGUGGGUCCUUUGUUGUGCUUCACUUGCGAUAUGAGAUGGAUAUGCUCUCUUUUUCUGGCUGUACACAUGGAUGUUCCGAUGAAGAAAUUGAUGAAUUGACAAGAAUGAGAUACGCAUAUCCGUGGUGGAAAGAGAAGGAAAUCGAUUCUGAAAAGAAGAGACUGGAAGGACUAUGCCCUCUUACACCUGAGGAAAUAACGUUGGUGCUGAAGGCACUAGGAUUCACAAGGGACACUUUAAUAUAUGUUGCCUCUGGUGAACUUUAUGGUGGUGAAAGAAGGCUGGCUAUUUUGAGGGAGGCUUUUCCUAAAAUAGUAAGAAAGGAGAUGCUUCUAUCUCCUGAGGAAUUGAGACCUUUUAAGAACCACUCCACCCAGAUGGCUGCAUUGGACUAUAUGGUUUCUGUUGCAAGUGAUGUGUUCAUACCUAGUUAUGAUGAAAAUAUGGCAAGAGUUGUAGAAGGGCACCGCAGGUAUUCAGGCUUCCGUAAGACUAUCAUGCUGGAUAGGAGGAAACUAGUCGAGCUUUUGGAUCUUCUCCAAGAAGGGAUGUUAUCUUGGGAUGAAUUCUCUGCUGCAGUUAAGGGGAUGCACGAGAAUCGCAUGGGCCAGCCUGCAAGGAGGAAGGUUAUCCCUGGAAGACCGAAGGAAGAGGAUUAUUUUUACUCCAACCCUCAAGAAUGUCUUGACCCUAGAAUGAAAUUAAGCUCUAAAUCAAAACACUCAUACAUCUAGUUACGUGUUUCUUGUUGUCUCCUAACCACACUACUGACCCUUCUCAGAGGAUAUAACAGGUGAUCUGCGACUUCCUCAUACGACUAAACCAAGUUUCAUUGUUUUGCCCACUCAUGCUAAAGAGCAAGAAGGCAGUCUGAAGCUGCUGUUUGAGAACAGAGGAGAAAACGCAAAUUGCAUGUUCUUGGUGCGAGAAGCAGGGAUCCUCACCACGUGAUCCUGUUCGGCCCUUCAUUACCCUGACUUUUCUGGCUAAUUUGCCAGUUUCUAUAUCUUGUGCUGUAAUCUUUUUUAUUUAUAUUUGGCUCCUUAAGACGGAGCCAGCAAAUACCAAAAUGACCAUAUCCAUGUUUUUUGUUUUUUUUUGUCUUUUCAAGUUUAACGUUAUACAGCUACGAUUGCUAGCACGACUGCUAUUUAUAAUUGUAUCUGAUAGUCUUGUCGAGUUGCUGCAGCACAUUGUCAGCAGAAAUUACAAGGCCGAAUUUCCUGGUGAUAACCAUUCAGACAUGAACUUUUGUCGGAGAGGGCAGCAUUGCUAUUGCGGGCUAGCGGCAUCGUUCCUUCCGUUAGGAAGAUCACUGCAUGUAAGUUACUGGUAAUUUCCCAUCUGGUGACUGGUAUUAUCUGAUUUUCAUUCUGGUUCUCUUUUUUUUUUAAAAAAAGUGUCUUGUUUAAUUAUGCCAGUUAGCUGUGCAGUGUCUCCUUCUUUACUGAUUAUGGCCUGAGUUUCUUUUACUAGACUAUCAGCAUCAUGCUAGGCACAUUGUUCUCUUAUACCGAAGUAAUUAACCCUUUGUAUGUUUAUUGCUGGAUCA